CUUUCCCAUGACGCAUUGCGGUACAAUAUGGCUGCCCCCAAAUCCGGUCUUGGCGACAUGGCAGACGUGAAAGAAGCGAUCAAAAAUCAGGGCGAAAUAGUCAGAAAACUCAAGCAGGAGAAGGCCGAUCCUGAAAAGAUUUGCUGACCAGGUAUUUUCUUCACUUCCCCCACCCCACGACUCCCGUGUUUCUGUGCAUUCCCCACCACACCUCCCGUGUUGUACACGUACGCGACCUGCUACGACCUACGUCAAUCAUGGCGGCCAACCUGCGACUGUUCGGGUCGGUGGUCCACCUGUGUAAACGGCAUGCUGGGAUGUUGCAACGGUACUGCUCCAACCAAUCACAGAUAAGUGAAGAAGUUCAAAAACUCCUAUCGCUUAAAGAACAGCUCGGAGAUGCUAGGCCUCAAAAGUUCCAGCUUAAAACACCCAAGGGCACAAGAGACUACAACCCUCGGCAGAUGGCCAUCAGAGAAGGGGUGUUCAAAACAAUCAUCAACUGUUUCAAGCGCCACGGAGCAGAGACAAUAGACACUCCAGUCUUCGAACUCAAGGAAACACUAACAGGCAAGUACGGGGAGGAUGCCAAGCUCAUCUAUGACCUGGCUGAUCAAGGUGGCGAGAUUCUCUCCCUCAGAUACGACUUGACCGUUCCCUUUGCUCGUUACCUGGCCAUGAACAAAAUCAACACUAUCAAAAGAUACCACAUUGCCAAGGUGUACCGGAGAGACAACCCUGCCAUGACUCGGGGCAGGUACAGGGAGUUCUACCAAUGUGAUUUUGACAUAGCAGGUCAGUAUGACCUGAUGAUCCCUGAUGCAGAGUGUGUGAAGAUUGUAGCAGAGAUCCUGUCUGAGCUCAACGUGGGAGACUUUAUCAUCAAGUUGAACACCCGACUACUACUGGAUGGGAUGUUUGCCGUUUGUGGGGUUCCUGAAGACAAGUUCAGAACCAUCUGCUCUGCUGUGGACAAACUGGACAAGACAUUUUGGGAGGAUGUACGGUCAGAAAUGGUGGAUGAGAAAGGCCUGGCCCCCGAAGUGGCUGACCGCAUCGGAGAGUAUGUUAGACUCAAUGGCCAGUUAGAGCUGGUUGAUCAGCUGAUGCAGGAUGAACAGAUGAUGAAGAACAAGAUGGCACGACAGGGACUGGAGGAGAUGAAGCUCCUCCUCACCUACUGUCAACUGUUUGGGGUUCUGGACAAGGUGUCCUUUGACCUGAGUCUGGCCAGAGGACUUGACUACUACACAGGAGUUAUCUACGAGGCUAUCCUGACUACAGAAAAAGUUCAGUCGGAUGGAGGAGACAAGAACGAGCCUGUCGGUGUGGGCAGUGUUGCGGGAGGGGGGCGCUAUGAUGGCCUGGUGGGCAUGUUUGAUCCCAAGGGCAAAAAGGUCCCUUGUGUGGGAGUCAGUAUAGGGAUUGAAAGACUCUUCUCUAUCAUGGAGGCCAAGGCAGAGGCAGCUGAAGGAAAAGUGCGCACCACAGAGACACAAGUGUACGUGGCAUCUGGACAGAAGAAUAUGCUGGAGGAACGCAUGAAGCUCUGUAACCUGCUGUGGGAGGGGGGCAUCAAGACAGAGCUGUCAUACAAGAAGAACCCGAAGCUGUUGAACCAGUUCCAGUAUGCUGAGGAACACGGCAUUCCAUUCCUGGCCAUCAUUGGUGAACAGGAGCUGAAGGAUGGAGUCGUCAAAGUACGCAACACCAGCACCAGGGAAGAGGAAACUUUCCCAAGAGACAAACUUCUGGAGGAAAUACGAACCAGAGUCGGUCCUUCUUAACGUUGAUAACAGUCUAUGCCUAACAACACUAGGAAAAUAACAAUAGAAUUUGCUACUGAUGUCAUGGCAAAGUAUGCUGAUCUUCGUGAACUUUGUGUCUCUGAACCACAUGCACCGUUACGUAUACGUGUACACAAACCAUAGACAAGUAUAAUGUUCAUUCUCAACAACUUAUAGCUGUCAAGUCCAUUAAGAUACAAAGCCACAAAUUAAAAAAUGUGAUUUCAAUUGGAUCUGAUCAUUCUAAAUAUUAGAAGCCUUCAGAAUACAGUGUAAGAUACAUUUACCCAGCACUCAGCUUGGGAUAAAUAUAGGUAGGGUAUGUACAGAGAUAAACAAAAAUUUAGCAUUGAUUGUCUAUAAGUACUUGUUUGGUAAUGGAAAGAAAUAUUGUAGUAUGCAAAAGUUUUUGAUUGAUGAAGUAAAAUCAGUUCCCCUCUUUUCUCAGCUUUUAAGGCUUGUGAAUAUGUUGUAACAAAAUCAGAAAUUAUAUACCAGCUCUUAAGGACUUUUCUCAUGAAUAAAGCCUUGUCACUUUAUCAAAUGUGCUCCAAAAUUACUUCUAAUGUUUUGAAUCAAAACAUUUGAAUCAGAACAUUUCUUCUCAACAUCGACCUAUCAACAAUUUCUCAUCCCUUGAAGCGCCCUGUUGCGUGAUGACUUGAUUUUUACCUACAGUAUUUAUUUCAAUACCCAUCGCCACAAAAUAUAAAAGGUACAGAAAGAAAGAACCGUAAACACACAGAAGAAUUUUCUUUGUCAGAAGUUACAGUUACUCUGUCUACAAAUAAAUGAGCUAGUCAAA